GAGUGUUCAUUCGGUGGAGGUUUUCCAGAGGAUGACGUUUUUUGUGAAGGGUACACAGGACAAGGUUCACCAUGCACAAAUGAAAAAGAAUGUUGUAGAAACCCCGUAGAGGGUGUGAUGGCGGGAUGUUACAAUAUGUCAGUUAUUCAAGGUCCAGAUAACUUUAAAAUUUCAGAAUAAGCUUAGGUUGUUGUUAUCUCUAAUAGUGGAUUUUUAAUUACCGACGUCCUCUUUUGGAAAACAUUUGAGUUUAGGCGGUGUCCAAUUUUGGACUUUUCCCUAUCUCCUACCGCGUUGGAUUUCGGUCGGUAUUUUUCUUUUAUUUUAUACGGCUUACAGAUUUUGAUCGCGAGUGAUUUGGAUGCCCUUCGAUUUAAGAUUGUAUUCGAUUUCAGAAGGAGUCGAAUCAUUACGAAGUCUCAGGAAUUUUUGACAGAACACGAUAUUGGUCUGCGAGCUUAGAUUCUCAGACGAUUUCCAAUUUCAAGGGGCAUAUGAUAUUUUAUUGGUGUUCAAGGUUGGUCGGCGUCUGGUUUGAUACGAAGGCUGAUGUUCUACGACGCACGAUUUUAGACGAUCUUAAUUCUGGCUUGCGAUUAAGAAAGAGGUGUGGGAUGGGAAAUAAAAGAACUGCUUCUGUUUUAUAUUUAUUAUAUCUUCUGCGUAGAUUCUUUUGUUAUCUCUCUCUUUCUUUAUCUUUUAUUUCUUUCAUUUAUCUGAUGUGCAUAAUUGUACAUUCAUUUCUUUUAAAGAACGCAAUCUGUGGAAGCCACCUCGUGUCUGUCCUGCUCAAGACUUUAGCUUCAAAAAAAAGAAGAACUCAACGAACAAAGCCAUAGACGGUCACGUGAUUGUUAAUCAUAAGGUCGUAUCUCUUCCUCAAUGCGGUGACUUCUGCAUACGCGAGCCUCGAUGCAGUGCGUUUAAUCUGGCAACUUUCACAGACCACGAGGGUAAAAUGGAGUGUCAGCUGAUGGACAAUGUUAAGAACAUUGUCAACAAGAAUGGCUUUGGUUUCUGGCUUUUCGACAGAGAGUCGUAUAAAGAGGUAAUAUAA